CUGUUAUCAAUUUCGCGAAUAAAUUGUAUGAAGAAAACCAUAAUACGUACAUAGUCGUCACUCACUCGUCACUCACUUGUUUUUCGUUUGUUGACAAACGCAGAGUCGCGGGAAACUGCCGAGUAGGGACGGCACGGCUUAUAUAUAUUUGUAAUGGAUAUAAGAAAAUAUUUUUCUCCCGUUGGGGGAAGUAAACCAAAUACAACUGCGUCUUCAAAAGAAACAAAGAAAAAGAAUCGUAUUAUAGAUUCAGAUGAUGAAGACCCUCUUCCUUCCUCAAGCAAAAAACAGAAAAUUUUAGCAUCAGACUCAGAUGAUGAUAUUUUCAGUUCCUCUAAGAACAAGAAAAGUAAAGCAGGAGCAAAAACAAAGAAAAAGUCUCUUCCCAAACCAGAACCUCCUAAGCUGAAGCCAGCAGCUGUGUCAGAAUUUUUUGGUAGUAACCCAGUUGUACGAAAAGAAGCUCCUGUUGUUACUGCAAAGAAGAAGGAGGUGGAAAUGGUUGAAGUUCAUAGCGAUGAUGACUUUGAGAAGACACUUCAAGAAUUAGAUGAAAAGAAGAACAAAGAGAAAUCUUCAUCUCAACAUGAAAAAAAGGAUGACUUUGCAAAGACACUUCAAGAAUUAGAUGAAAAGAAGAACAAAGAGAAAUCUUCAUCUCAACAUGAAAAAAAGGAUGACUUUGCGAAGACACUUCAAGAAUUAGACGAAAAGAGGAACAAAGAGAAAUAUUCAUCUCAACAUGAAAAAAAGGAAAAAUCCAAGGACAUCACACCAAAGAAAACCAAGCAUGAAUCCAAAUCAGAGUCACACAAUGAGGAGAAGCCUAAACCAAAUGAAAAUAGCCCACCUGAUGAAAAUGCUAAGAAAAGUAGUCUUUCUAGUAAGCUGUCUGCAAAGAUAAACAGCUUUGAAAAGAAAGAUAAGCUGGAAGUAGAGAAGAAAGAGAGAACCCGAGAAGUUACUCCCCACAAGGAAAAGAAGCGUGACCACAGAAAAGAAGGAAGCAGCAGCCAUGAAAAGAAAAGAAAACAUAGUGAUGAUGGCAGGAAUAAUAGAAGAGACAGAACACCAGAUAAGAAUGAUAAUAUUCAUAAGAAACAAAAAUUAUCAACUCAAAAAGAUGAGGGAUUCGCGAAACAGGAAGAGAAAGGAGCGCCAAAAAGGGAACGCUAUGAAUCUGGUGAGAAGGAAAAGUGUGUUGAACAAAGGGAUGUCACUCCUUCAAAACAGAAGAAUGAAAAAGAAAAAUCAUCAAGCAUGAAGGAAAAACCCAAAGGUAUAACUCCUAAAAAGGAAGAAAUUGCAUCAGAUAUUGAAACUACACCCCAACCAGAUGAGAAGAAGAAAAUUGCCAGAGCAGCAUAUUUCAAAUUUUUGCAGAGAUCUGGCCCAAGUAAUCCAGGCAGCAAGCCUAUUCCAGAGGGAAAACCAGAGUGUUUGCAGGGCCUUGUGUUUGUGUUGACAGGUGUUUUAGAAAGUUUAGAUCGGGAGGAAGCAUCAGAGCUCAUUAAGAAAUAUGGGGGUAAAGUCACCUCAUCCUUGAGCCGCAAUACAACCUAUGUAAUUGUAGGUAAUGAAGCUGGGGAAAGUAAAUUAAAAAAGGCAGAACAGUUGGGCACAAAACAGAUAACUGAGGAUGAUUUGUUAGACUUAAUACGAACUCGACCAGGAAAGGGCAGUAAUGAAACUCCUAAAGGAAAUGAGAAAAAAUCAACUGCAAGUAAACUUAAAGCAUUUGAAAGAAGUAACAAAGCAAGUAUUCCUACAAAGAAUUCGGGUUCUGAUGAAGCAGCUAGUGAUUUACCACCUGUGAAUUUCUCCAGUUCAAAGAGUACAAAAUCUAGUCCUCAAAAAUCUUUUACAUUGUCUCAGAGUAGUCAAGAUUCGCAAAAAAUUAUGAACGGUAACAGCCAGUCGUCAUCAACGUCUUCACCAAAAACACAACCAGUGUCAUCCCAAGAACUCAAAGAUCGCUCUGGGGAAACACUCAUGUGGGUAGAUAAAUACAAGCCAGUUAACGUUAAGAAUAUCAUCGGCCAGCAGGGUGACAAGUCAAAUGUUAAAAAACUGUCAGUGUGGUUGCAAAACUGGAAGAAAAACCAAUUUGGUGGCAAAAAGCUAGUGAGACCAAGUCCUUGGGCCAAAGAUGAUAACGGAGCCUUCUUUAAAUGUGCUUUGCUGUCGGGACCACCUGGUGUUGGUAAAACCACAACAGCUCAUCUAGUGUGUAAAGAAGCUGGGUUUGACUUUGUUGAGCUCAAUGCUUCUGAUGCUCGAUCAAAACGGCGACUAGAUGAGGUGGUAGCAGAGUUACUUUCAAACAAAAAUCUUGCUGGAUACGCUGGAGGUAAGGAGAAAGGGAGUACCAGUGAAAAUCAUGCUCUGGUUAUGGAUGAAGUUGAUGGAAUGUCGGGUAAUGAAGAUCGAGGAGGAGUUCAAGAGUUGAUUUCGUUGAUUAAGAAAUCUAAAGUUCCUAUUAUUGCCAUGUGUAAUGACAGAAAUCAUCCAAAAAUCAGGUCUCUUGCUAACUACUGUUUUGACCUGAGAUUCAAUAAACCAAGAAUAGAACAAAUUAGAGGCCCGAUGAUGUCCGUGUGCUUCCGUGAAGGUGUCAAAAUUAAGCCUGAUGCCCUUGAUCAGAUUAUAAUGGGAGCAAAUCAAGAUGUACGUCAGAUUCUUCAUCAUUUGUCAGUGUGGUCAGCAAAUCGGGAAACAUUAGCUGCAGAUGCCAUGAAGGUGGAAGCAGAAAAGGCUAAAAAAGACCUAAAGUUGGGUCCCUGGGAUGUUUGCAAGAAAGUCUUCACAGAAAGUGACCAUAAGAAUAUGAGCAUAUAUGACAAAUCAGAUUUGUUCUUCCAUGACUAUUCCAUUGCACCCCUCUUUGUGCAAGAAAAUUAUCCUAAGUGUGUUCCUCACAGUGCUCAGAGCAAUCGCCGAAAGACCCUGGAGCAAUUGUCAAAAACUGCGGCUAGUAUAGCAGAUGGAGAUCUCUGUGAAAAGGCCAUCAGAUCCAGAAAUGCAUGGUCACUCCUUCCCGUUCAGGCAAUGUAUAGCAGUGUUCUUCCAGGAGAUUAUAUGUCAGGGCAUUUAUCUUCACAAAUUGAGUUCCCCAAGUGGCUUGGUAAUAAUAGCCGUCGUAAUAAAUUUGAUCGUCUUAUGCAAGAGUUGCAAAUGCAUAUGAGACUGAGAAUUUCAGGAAGUAAAAUGGAUGUUAACAUGGAUUACUGUGAGUCGCUAAAAAAUGCUGUCACUCAGCCUUUGGUGAAGGAAGGAGUGGAUGGUAUUCACAGUGCAAUGGAUGUUAUGAAUACUUACAACCUUUUAAGGGAAGAUUUGGAUUCCAUGUUAGAGUUAACACAGUGGCCUGGCUCAAAAGAUCCAAUGAGUAAUGUUGAUAGUAAGGUAAAAGCAGCUUUCACACGAACCUAUAAUAAAGAAGGCCAUAUGACUCCAUUUGCUCAUGUUACUGUUACAAAGAAAAAGAAAGGUAGUUCUGGUGGUAUGGGUGAGGAAGGAAUGUAUGGUGAAGAUGAGGAAGAAAGUGAGGAAGAGGAAGAGGACAUCACCAAAAGUGCAAUGAUUAUGGUGAAGAAAGGUGGAGGAAAGAAAGGAGAGCCUAGCAGCAGUAAAGGUGAAGGUCGUGGUGGAAGUAGUAACAGAGGUGCUGGCAGGGGCAGGGGCAGGGGCGGAAGAGGGAGAGGCAAAAAGUGAUAGUUACUGAGAUUGUUAAUUAUGCAUCUAUAUUGCAUCAAGUAGUUUUUUUGUAACUUAAGUUUCUGUUUGUUGUUUAUAUGUAUAUCUGAAAAAUACUUUUAAAGAAUGCUGAUUUAAAGACUUUUCUUGUCAGGAAUGAGAAGUUGCAGGACAGUAUUAUAGUAAUUUCUGAAUGUUUAAAAAUUUAUUUUAUUUUAAAUAUAAAUGUUCAAUACAGUAAUGCUGUAAUGACAUCGAUUUUUUUUUUACUAUUAACAAUGAAUAGUACAUUUUAGAAUAGCAGUGCUUGUAGCUCCAGUGUUAGGCAAAUAUUAUAGAAGUACUUUUCUAGAAUUUGUAUUUUCAUACAAGGCUACCAAAUAUUUUAGAGGGAGAAAUAAGUAUGUUAGGCAAAAAUCAGUGUGAGAUGGUUUUGGCUAAUGUUAAUAUGGAUGUAAAAAUAAACUCUCACCACUUUUCAUAUUCUACAGUCAAA